UAUAUAUCUGACUGGUCAUUGUGUUAGUAUGUAUUACCGUGUUUGAUUCUCCAAUCUUUUAUAGUAAGUGUUCGAAUCCAGCAAAAUACGCGUGAUGGUGCGUGGGUGUGGAGUCAAUGUGAGGCAUUAAAUUAAAUAUUUCGACAAUUAUCUAUGAAAAUUCGUUUAAAAUCUAAAGAGUGGACCAAUUUAGAAUAAUAAAUUUAUUAUUAUAAAAUGAAACCUCAUAGGAUUGUUGAAUCAUUGUUGAAAUUAUAAGCUACUAACCCGAGGGAUGAAGCAUAAGGAGACUGUUGAGCGUCACCUGUGUCACUCAGAUGUAUACAGUUAGACGAGAAACACUCAAGAAAUAAAAAAAAAUAACUCUAACCUUAAGUCAUUGAAAAACAUUGCUUUGAUACACAUGUGCACAUACAGCAUUGUCAAUCAAAGGAUUUUUAGUGAUAAACAAAAGUAAUUGUCGUAAUUUAAUCUAUUUUUACGCCAUAUAACAAGCAAUAAACAAUUUAUAACAAUUAAUAUUGAAUAACUUAUGUAUUUAUUGAUGACUUGCAAAGUGCAUGAACGAUUUCUUAUCAUAUACAAGAGAAGAAUUUUUAAUAAAGCAAGAAAUGUGUGUAAUUGAAAAAGUCAAGAUUUAUGCUUAAAAGUGAGGGAGAUUCUUUGUGUUUAAUUGUGAAUUAAAUAAUGCUAAACAUUAAUGAAGGAAAGCGAAUUUUUAAAAAGAUAAAAAUGACAAAAAAAAUUUUUAAAAUAAAAAAAUGGCUACCAUCACCGUGAAUCAUAAUGAUUAUAUAAAGGACAAUAACUAGUGAGAGAGAGAGAGAAGAAUAAUAGUAAUAAAAUUCUCACUAGUUUAGAGAAAUAAAAGAAAAAAUUUAUUUCGGGAAAAAUCGAAAAUAGAAACAAAGAUUCGAAUGAAACAAAUAAGUUAUCAAACUCUUACGGCUGAGUGCCAACAACCUCUGAGCUAGAUAGCUCAUAAUGUGUUUAUCCUCGUGUACGAUAGACUAUAAAAUUAGAUGUGCGAAACGACGUUUGAGAGAGAAGAAAAUACAGAGGAUAAAAAAAAAAUAAGUUGGAUAGUAGUAAAUCGAAUGACCGAAUCAAUUCAUCAUUGUUAAUACAAGGAUUUCAGUGAGAAAACAGGAUGAAAAUUGAUUUUCAUACAUGUGUCUUGUGAAUUUCAUUUAUCAAGUGAUUAUUUUGUCUAGUCUUUUGCAUUUACUCAAAAAAGUUUUCCUACAGUAAAUAGUGUUAAAAAUUGAUUCAUAUAAAACAAAAAUUACCUUUAUUUGAUCUCAUACAAAAUAGAAUUUCUAAGCGUACAAUCAUGUUGAAUAAAAACAUUAAAUUAAGGCAUUGGUAAGCAAUUAAGGUAUUGGGUUUCUUAGUCACUUUAUUUUCAAAAGAACAAUUAAAAAGAUGGAAAUAAGGAAAAGAGAAUAAUAAUCCUUCAAUGACUGAGCCUUCAUAAGAAGACUAAUUUAUUAAUAUCCAUUGUGGAAGUACAAAUGUCUAGCUUAACGUUAUCAGCUAGGACAAUCGAAAUGCCCUUGUCAUUACCAAGCCCGUUCGUGACUAUGAACGCUAUUUCUUCACAAACUUAUAUAGCAACAAAUGAAAAUAAUCAUUUACCACCUUUAAAAUCAGGAAAUUAUGCUACGAAACAAGGAGAGUCACCACCGAGCCACUUGACUCAUUCCAGCCACAGUGGUAGUACUCAUCUUCCUAGUUUAGGAUCAAGCACAAAUAACAGUCUUCAAAAUUUAACCAGUAAUUCAGAAAGUCUUAAUUUAAGUCUCAGUUCUCAUACAAGUCACAACAGUAAUAAUUCUAACAUUAAUGCUCAUUCUCAAUCUAAUAGUCAAACAAGCAGUCCAUUAGUUAAAAAUGGACGAGCUGAAAGUAAUUCUAAUAAGGUCAUUCCGAAGAUGGCUGUUACUCCAGAAAUUGUAAUGAAACUUUAUAUGAACAAAUUAACUCAAUAUGAGCAACAUGAGAUCUAUUCUUAUCCACAAAUUUAUUUCAUCGGCGCCAAUGCCAAAAAACGUCCAGCAAUUCUAGGUUUACCUAAUAAUCAUAAUUAUGACAAUGAUCAAGGUUCAUAUAUUCACACACCACAUGAUCAUGUGGCUUAUAGAUAUGAAGUGUUGAAAAUAAUUGGAAAAGGAUCAUUUGGUCAAGUUGUUAAAGCUUAUGAUCAUAAAAAUCAUGAACACGUUGCUUUAAAAAUGGUGAGAAAUGAAAGGAGAUUUCAUCGUCAAGCUCAGGAAGAAAUUCGUAUUCUUGCUAAUUUAAGGAAACAAGAUAAAGACAAUACUAUGAACAUUAUUCAUAUGUUUGAUUCGUUCACUUUUAGAAAUCAUAUGUGUAUCACGUUUGAACUUCUUAGUAUCAAUCUUUAUGAAUUGAUUAAAAAGAAUAAAUUUCAAGGAUUUAGCUUACAAUUAGUGAGGAAAUUUUCCCAUUCACUAUUACAGUGUUUGGAUGCUCUGUAUAAAAAUAAAAUUAUUCAUUGCGAUAUGAAGCCGGAGAAUGUAUUAUUGAAGCAACAAGGCCGCAGUGGAAUUAAGGUGAUUGAUUUUGGUUCAAGUUGUUAUGAAGAUCAACGAGUGUAUACAUAUAUUCAAAGUCGUUUUUAUCGAGCACCUGAAGUAAUUCUUGGAGCUAAAUAUGGAAUGCCAAUAGACAUGUGGAGUUUAGGAUGUAUUUUGGCAGAAUUAUUAACUGGUUAUCCAUUAUUACCAGGUGAAGAUGAAGGAGACCAAUUAGCGUGUAUUAUUGAACUUUUAGGAUUACCUCCAAGAAGGCUUUUAGAUAACGCUAAACGUACAAGACAAUUUUUUAGUUCUAAAGGAUAUCCUAGAUAUUGUAAAGCAAUGACGACAGUCAAUGGAACAAUAUUGUUACACGGUGGAGAGUCUCGACGUGGUAAAUUUCGAGGAACUCCAGGCUCUAAAGAUUUAAAAGAUGCACUUAAAGGAUGUGAGGAUCGGUUGUUCCUUGAUUUUAUCACCAAGUGUCUUCAAUGGGAUCCAGAGCAAAGAAUGACGCCUAGUAAAGCACUCAGACAUGCUUGGCUAAGAAGAAGACUUCCUAAACCUCCUGAUGACAAAAGUGAAGUUGUUUCAAGUCAUUCAGUUCAGCCUACAGCUGCUAUUGUUGCUACACCAAGCAGUCGGAGUUCAAGUAAAGUAAAUAUACUCGGAAUAACUGGAGUUUUGGAUAAAUUACGCGAGCAUGAAACCACCCAACCUCGUACGAAACUUAAACCAAAAUAUCCAGUACCUUCCCUAAGUCAUUCUAUACCUGUGAGUCACUCAUUAGCGACCACUCAUCAUUCCUCAUUAACGCAAUCUAAUCAUCAACCACUUACGGCUGCCUCAGUGCACAAACAUCAACUCCAUUCUCACAAUGGCUCUCAUGAAUCAUCGCACGAUAGCCAUAGUUCACAUGGAUCAUCUAGUGGGUCAAGUAGAUAUGUUGUUAGCAAAGAAAUUACUUUAGUUGAUCCUUGGCGGUAAGUUUAUAGGACAUGGGGUACAAUAAUUAUAAUCACAUUACAAACUAUUAAUCAAUGUAACAAUCAGAAACCAUAAAAGAAUUUUUUUUGAGUAAGAGUAUCAGAAUUAACUCAUUUUUAAUCAUAGUUUACUGUUUAUGACAAUUCUGAUUAUUACAAUAAAGUCAACAAAGUGAUAUUUUUUAUUAGAUAAGAAUAUAUAAAAUUGAGUAAUAUUAAUAUUUGACUCAAUUAUAGAAAUUUUAAUUAUUUAAACAUGGCUUUUAUAGUUGUUUAGCUAUCUUUUAAGGUUUCUGAUAGUUUUUAUGUCCUUAUAAUAUGUAAGACUGUGUAAAACUGUUGUGUUACAUCGAACAAAAAAGGAUCUUUUGUACAGUAAUCAUAUAAGUGCCGUUAGAAAAUAGAUUUAUGUACUAAAAUUUUCGGUAAUUUUCAUAUCGAAAGUCUUAUUUAUGAUCUAAAUUUCUACAGCCCAUUGAAUUACAUUUUUUUUUGUUAUCUUCUAUAUUUAAAAAAAAAAAAUUUUUAUAAAGUGCCACUCUGAUAAAUGAAAAUAUUAUAGUGUGAAAUAUAUCGUUAAAAUUCAUACAAUCAUGAUUUAUAAUAAUCACAUAAACUAUAAGAAAAAAGUCAGUAUUAAUAUGACUAAAAAACUAUUAUCAACCUGAAAUGUAUAUUGGAUAGAAGAUGUGCACUGUGUAGAGGACGAUGGGCAAGUGAGAAAUUGUUGAUCGUAAAAAACUUUAGAGAUUUUAGUUUAGAAAAAAACAAUAUAGAGAAUAUCUUGUGAUAUAAAUUUUAGACAUUUAUUGUGGUUUAUAUAGUUAUAAGACAUUUAUAAACCAUCAGAAAAAAGAUAAAAAUGUUUAUUUUAUCGUGCAUAGGAACUGAAUAAGGAAUAAGAAUUAGUGGCGAUUAAAACAGUAGUCGUAUGUAAAAACAUUCAUUUAGUGAUGAAACAAACAAUUAUAACAAUAGUAAAAAACAAUUUUUAAUUUUAGUAAUGAUUUAAAUUUAAAUUCAAUAUGGAAUUUAUAUUCAGAUUUAUAUAUAUGUGCAUAUAAUUUUUCAUUAAGAUUUUUUGAGUGUUUGGGCCACCUUUUUUCUGAUAUUCCAAUAUCGUUAUCUUACUUUGAUAUUUAAAAUCUAGAUAAUCUAUUUGCUUUAUCCAUUUUUUUAUACCAUUGAAUUGAAAUGAAAAGUUAUUUAGAUCACAAAUCACAUUCACUGCCAGAUAAAUAAUUUUUCCUGUUCACUUGAAAUAAUUUUAUUGUUUUUUACAUAAUAAGCCAGUGCAUUUUAUUCAACAUUUAUUAUUAUCUAUUUACAAUUGCCACCAGUGUAAUAAUAUUUAAUUGUUUUUUUACUUUUUAUUAUUCAUUAUGAAUUUAUUAUUGAAUUAACUUUAACUAGAAUUAAGAUUAUUCAAAGAAUUUUAAUGAUCUAUAUAAAUAUUUAAUACCAAAUUUUACGUUUAUAAAUUUACCAUUGUAAUAUCAAUAAAUCGAAUCGAUAAGAAGGCUUUGAAACGAUAUUGAAGGAUGAAAAGGAUAAAAAUACAUAUAAAUCUGAACAUUUUAUUUCCUAUAUUACUUUAUUAAUAUUUUUAAUGAAAGAGCAAUAUUAAUACUGAGAAAUCAUUAUAUUCAUUAAACUAAAUUAAAAACAUCAUAAAUAAAUAAAGAAAUCAACUGAAUUGUAUGUAUCAUAUUUCAUUGUAAUAAUUGUUUUUUUUACAUAAGUUUACAAUGAAAAGCCUCAUUGAAUCAUCUAUCUUAUAAAAUUAUAGCCGUUUUAUUCAAAAGAAUUAUUUUAUCAUUCAAAACUAAGGUGUAAAUGUUAAUUUAGUCAAGAUUUUAAAUUACGUAUAGUUGUAUGUCGAAGUAAUUUUAUACAAACUGAUAAAAAUUAAUUAUGAAAAUAAAUGAAUUAUUUAAUUAAUUAUUAUCAGAUUAUGUACACAUGCGCACAUGUAUGUGUGUAUAUACAUGCACAAAAUUGAUAGAAUAAAAUAAUGAUAUAAAAAAAUUAAUUGAUAAGCAUAGACUGCCAUUAUCAUAUAAAAUUUUAAUGAUUGAAAAUAAUAAGAAACAAAAAAAUUUUAAAACCAACUCAUUCAUAC